AUGGGCACCCAAUCGUCGCCACCGUCCUCCGCUCCAUCUCCGUCACUCAAGCGCAAGCAGCCAACCAUUUCGAGCUUCUUCACACAAAAACCUUCAUCUACUCCCCAGGCUACUCCUCCUACCAAUGAGCUCAAAUCAUCUCCUCUAAAAACAUCCAAGAAAAGACCAGCAUCUCCCGAUCCCGAGCCAAAACCAGAACCGAAAACAGCAAAUCCCAUACAAGACGACGACGAUGACGAAGAUGAUAUCGUUGUUCCACCCACUAAAAGAGCUCGAACAAAUCGUUCAAUCCCCGAUGAAACCCGGAAGCCCUUGGCGGAUGCUGAACCCAGCCAGCUUUCUCAGCUGAAUAGCAGCCAACGAACAGACCUCUUCAAGUUCCAGAGCUCCCAGCCCGGACCAUCCAACCGCGACGAAAACACAGACGCAGAGCACAAGAAGGAGAAAGAGAAGCUUCAUCAGAAAUUUGUUCAAAAACUCGGUGGUGUAGAUUGCAUGAUUGGUAUCGGACGGAAGUUCACUAGUGAAGUCGCUGUUGAGGCGGAGGAAGGCGAAGAAGGCGAUGCAGAUGAGGAGCCUGUGCCUCCGCCGCCUAAGAAAGGGAAGGGCGCUGCUACGAAGAAAACCGGGAGCAAGCUUACGCCGAUGGAGCGGCAAGUUAUUGAUAUCAAGCGCAAGCAUAUGGAUACCGUGCUUGUUAUUGAGGUUGGAUACAAGUUUCGGUUCUUUGGAGAGGAUGCUCGUGUUGCGGCGAAGGAGCUAGGGAUUGUGUGUAUCCCGGGCAAGUUCAGAUUUGAUGAACAUCCCUCUGAAGCUCAUAUCGGUCGGUUCGCUUCGGCUAGUAUCCCCGUUCACAGAUUGCAUGUGCAUGUCAAGCGACUCGUAACCGCUGGCCACAAGGUCGGUGUGGUCAGACAAAUUGAGACAGCUGCGCUCAAGGCUGCGGGUGAUAACCGCAAUGCGCCAUUCGUGCGCCAACUUACAAAUCUUUACACAAAAGGAACCUACAUCGAUGAUGCUGAGGGCCUUGAAUCUGUUCCCGCUGCUGGGAGUUCUUCGCCGGCUACGGGGUACAUGUUGUGCAUUACAGAGACCAAUGCCAAAGGUCAUGGCAAUGAUGAGCGAGUCAAUGUCGGUAUUGUUGCUGUUCAACCCGCCACUGGUGAUGUCAUCUAUGAUGAUUUCGAGGAUGGGUUCAUGCGAAGUGAGAUUGAGACAAGACUGCUGCACAUUGCGCCUUGCGAGAUCGUUAUUGUGGGGGAGAUGUCUCGAGCUAGCGAGAAACUUGUGCAACACCUUUCCGGUAGCAAGACCAACGUCUUCGGAGAUGCAGUUCGUGUUGAGCGGGUGUCGAAGAAGAAGACUGCUGCUGCUGAGGCGCAUAGCCAUGUUUCAAGUUUCUACGCCGGGAAGAUGACAGCGACGGGCUCAGCGGAGGAUGUUAAAGCAGCUAAAUUACUGCAAAAUGUUCUCGGAUUGCCGGAGCAUGUUACAAUCUGUCUAUCUGCUAUGAUCGAGCACAUGACAGACUACGGCCUUGAGCACGUUUUUGAUUUAACCAAAUACUUCCAGCCAUUCUCGGCUCGUUCACACAUGCUUCUCAAUGGAAACACAUUGGUUAGUUUGGAGAUCUACCAAAAUGGUACGGAUCAUUCGGUAAAAGGUAGUCUGUUUUGGACUUUAGAUCGGACUCAGACGCGGUUUGGACAGCGACUCUUACGACGCUGGGUUGGUCGACCUCUACUUGAUAAGGCGCGGCUGGAAGAACGCACCAAUGCUAUUGAGGAAUUGACGAACCCUGCUCGAACAGUUCCCGUGGAGCGUAUCAGAGUGCUACUGGGUAAGAUUAAGAGUGACCUGGAGCGAAGUUUGAUUCGAAUUUAUUACGGAAAGUGCACUCGAUCGGAGCUUCUUACUGUCCUGCAAACUAUGCAGAUGAUUGCAAUGGAAUUUGGAGAUGUCAAGUCUGCUGCUGAUACAAGUUUCGACUCGUCCUUAAUCAGUGAGGCUAUUGCCUCCCUUCCAACAAUUCAAGCAGAUGUCACCCGAUUUUUGGAAAAGAUUAACCUCCACGCUGCCCGGACCGAUGAUAAGUAUUCUUUCUUCCGCGAAGAAGAAGAAACAGAAGAAAUUGGCGAUCAAAAGCUCGGAAUCGGCAGCGUUGAACACGACUUGCAAGAACACCUCAAGGUAGCCGAGGAGCGUCUGGGAAGAAAGAAAGUGGAAUAUGCCACAGUUUCCGGAAUAGAAUACCUCAUCGAGAUCGAAAACACAUCUCUCGCAAUUAAAAAGGUCCCAGCAUCUUGGGUGAAGGUCAGCGGAACAAAGAAAGUCUCACGAUUCCAUACACCCGAAGUGAUCCAACUCAUACGCCAAAGAGACCAGCACAAGGAGGCAUUGGCAGCAGCCUGCGACAAGGCAUUCCAAGCCUUACUCUCCGAGAUAUCAACGCAGUACCAAUUCUUCCGUGACUGUAUCCAGUCCCUCGCAACACUAGACUGUCUCCUUUCCCUCGCCACAAUCGCUCAGCAACCAGGCUAUGUCAAACCCGAGUACACAGAUCACCCUUGUCUUCACGUCGAGCAAGGUCGACACCCAAUGGUCGAGCGUCUUUUAACAGAUGCCUACGUCCCCAACGACACAAACCUCGAUACAGACGCAACUCGCGCCCUCCUUGUCACAGGUCCAAACAUGGGCGGUAAAUCCAGCUACGUGCGGCAGGUAGCUCUAAUCGCAAUCAUGGGUCAAAUAGGCUCCUACGUGCCCGCCGCAUCAGCACGACUCGGUCUUCUAGACGCCGUGUUUACCCGUAUGGGCGCCUUCGAUAAUAUGCUAGCCGGUGAAUCAACAUUCAUGGUUGAGCUUUCCGAAACAGCGGAUAUCCUUAAACAAGCAACGCCUCGAUCUCUAGUGAUUCUCGAUGAGUUGGGUCGUGGUACCUCAACACAUGACGGCGUUGCUAUCGCGCAAGCUGUACUGGAUUACAUGGUUCGUUCUAUCCGGUCACUCACGUUAUUCAUUACGCAUUACCAGCACCUUUCGCGGAUGGUUCGUUCGUUCCCGGAUCAGUCUUUACGAAAUGUGCAUAUGCGGUUUACGGAAUCGGGUGAAGAGGAUGAGAAUAUUACGUUCUUGUACGAGGUUGCUGAAGGCGUGGCACACCGUAGUUACGGAUUGAAUGUGGCGCGAUUGGCGAAUCUGCCUUCUUCUGUGAUUGAGUUGGCCAAGGAGAAGAGUUCGGAGUUGGAGGAGUCUAUUAAGAGGAAGAGGUUGGCGGGGCUCGUGGGGGCUGUUGGGAAGAUUGUUGAUGAGAAGAUGGAUGCUAAGGAUGAUAUGCUUGAGCGAUUACUUGCGAGUGUUGCGCAGUUGUAG